UCAGGGCAGACUGGCUGCUCACUCUUCCCCUUCCCCUGUCAACCAUCUCUCUCGUCUUUACUCCUCUCUCUCUCUCUCUCUCAUCCCAUCUUGAACCAACUUAAAGUUCUCUUUGGAGGAAAGUAGAAGACAUUUGGAUGAUAUUUACUCCUCUAUCAGCGUCCUCUGGGGAAGACAUCAGCAUAUAGUAUCUUCUCUCCUCUGACUUCAAUGGAUGCAUUUUUCCGUCAGCAUUUCCGUCGGAAAGCCUGUGUUCCAAACAGACGCAGGCGUUCCAGCGUGUCAGUUCCUGUGAGUAAAGCGCGCCGGCGCUCCAGCGUGGGCCUUCCUUCAGUCGGCCUAGCUCAGAGACGAAGGUCAAGUGUUCCGCUGCUUGGAGGCCUUCAAACCAGCAAUGUGUAUGCUGGAGUCUUACCACGCAGAAGAGGACACUUUGCCAGAAGAAGGUCUAGCGGUGCGACAGCCUGUAUGGCCCCCCGGUUUUCUAUCCGACGGAGACAGGCCGCCAAACACCGCAGCAUUCAUGCGGAGCUGUUGGGGCCAUCGCUGCUGUUGGCUAGCGUGGUGCAGAUGAGCGAAGUUCAUGAAUCAGAAGACAAAAGUGAAGAUGAAUACUCUUCUGUCUCUGAUAGUGACUGUAGCCAGGAGGAGCAAGAUUCAGAGACCGAGUCAGAGACCGAGUCUGAAACGUGUCGGACAUGGUUGGCUCAGGGAUUGGCGACGGGAGAAAGCAUUCAGCACCGGCCAUUUAUCCGUGCACCACGUUGCCUGCGCCGAAAUUCUUCUCACCUGUUGCCCGCUGAGGUAGUUUACCGUAGCCCGAGCUUUAAUGGGCUAUACGGACGUUACCGUAAGACCAGCCUGGCGGGUGGAUUGUGGACGGGUAGGCGAAAUUCAGUUGCAGCUCGAGGAUCAGGUGCGCUGUACAGGAAGAACCCCGCCUGCUGGCCAGACUACACUCUUUAUCAAACACUGCAGGGACCUUACUACAACCCUCAGAUUGACACAUGGAGUGGGUUCCUCUCGAAGGCCAUUGCCAAGUCAGGCCUACAGCACCUCUCAUCUCAGCCCAGUGCUUCAGUCUUACCCAAGGGGGAUACGGAGAGAGAAAUACGCAGUACAGUGGACUGGAGUGAAUCAGCGUUGUAUGGAGAGCACAUCUGGUUCGAGACUAAUGUCUCCGGAGACUUCUGUUACGUCGGAGAACAGCACUGUUACGCCAAAUCUCUGCAAAAGUCUGUUGCUCGGAAAAAAUGUGCUGCCUGCAAGAUUGUAGUUCACUCCAUCUGCAUUGAACAGCUGGAGAAGUUAUUGGACUGGAAUGCUCCACCUCAUGGGGAGGGGCUUGAUGAGGUGUCCCUUAAAGACCCAUCAUUCAGAAUAAACUUUAGGUGUAAACCAUCUUUCAGGGAGUCAGGAUCACGAAACAUCCGGGAAUUCACUUGGUGCCGCAAAGCUUUCAAAGGUUACCGUGCACUGGAGCGAAUAAGAGGUGCUGUAGCUCAAUGCAAUACACGCACCUCUGUUACAAAGCCUGCAAUAGUGCGACACCACUGGGUCCAUCGGAGAAGACAAGAAGGCAAAUGUAAACAGUGUGGAAAGGGGUUUCAGCAGAAGUUUGCCUUUCACAGUAAAGAGAUUGUAGCCAUUAGCUGCUCCUGGUGCAAACAAGCAUAUCAUAAUAAGGUGACAUGCUUUAUGCUGCAGCAAAUAGAAGAACCGUGUUCAUUAGGAGCACAUGCCGCCGUUAUAGUACCUCCUACCUGGAUCAUACGGGUUCGCCGACCUCAGUCAUCACUAAAGUCAAGCAAAAAGAAGAAACGAACAUCUUUCAAACGGAAAUCCAGCAAGAAGGGAGCUGAGGAGGCUCGAUGGAAGCCCUUCAUAGUGAGACCUAUUCCCUCUCAACUCAUGAAGCCACUGCUGGUGUUUGUAAACCCAAAGAGUGGAGGAAAUCAGGGAGCUAAAAUCAUUCAGUCCUUUCUGUGGUAUCUAAACCCUCGGCAGGUCUUUGAUCUCAGUCAGGGGGGUCCUCAGGAGGGGUUGGAGAUGUAUCGCAAAGUUCACAACUUGCGUAUCCUUGCCUGUGGUGGGGAUGGCACGGUGGGCUGGAUCUUGUCCAUUCUUGAUCAGCUGCAGCUUAACCCUUCACCUGCUGUGGCAGUGCUCCCUCUGGGCACAGGAAAUGACCUCGCUAGGACGCUAAACUGGGGUGGGGGUUACACAGAUGAACCUUUGAGUAAAAUCAUGUCUCACGUUGAGGAUGGCAACAUUGUACAGCUGGAUCGAUGGAAUCUGAUUGUGCAGCCCAAUCCAGAUGCAGGCCCAGAAGAAAGAGAUGAACAGGUGACGGAGAAGCUCCCCCUAGAUGUCUUCAAUAAUUAUUUCAGCCUUGGUUUUGAUGCUCAUGUGACUUUAGAGUUCCACGAGUCUCGAGAGGCCAACCCUGAGAAGUUUAACAGUCGAUUCAAAAACAAAAUGUUCUAUGCAGGAACAGCGUUUUCCGAUUUCUUGAUGGGCAGUUCAAAAGACCUGGCUAAACACAUCAGAGUGGUGUGUGACGGGACAGAUUUGACCUCUAAAGUCCAGGAUUUAAAGCUACAGUGCCUGGUCUUUCUCAAUAUCCCCAGGUACUGUGCAGGCACUAUGCCGUGGGGAAAUCCGAGCGAACAUCAUGACUUUGAGCCUCAGCGUCAUGAUGAUGGCUGCAUUGAGGUCAUUGGUUUCACAAUGACAUCACUGGCCACGCUGCAAGUCGGAGGUCACGGUGAGAGGUUAAAUCAGUGUCGGGAGGUCACCCUCACCACCUUUAAGUCCAUCCCCAUGCAGGUGGACGGCGAGCCUUGUAAGCUAGCACCGUCUGUAAUUCACAUCUCCCUUCGAAACCAGGCUAACAUGGUGCAGAAAACCAAAAGACGCACAUCUAUACCACUGCUCAAUGAUCAGCAGCCGUUUCCAGAAAGAUUACGGAUUAGGGUGAGUCGCAUCAGCAUGCAUGAUUAUGAAGCUCUGCAUUACGACAAGGAGAAACUCAAAGAAGCUUCAAUCCCACUGGGUCUCAUCGUUGUCCCUGGAGACAGUGAUCUGGAAACCUGCCGUGCUCACAUCGAAAGGCUACAGGAGGACUUUGUGUCAUGUCACCCAUCUCUACAACGACUCCAGGAAGGUGAUGGGACCAAAUCAAAGGCUUUGUCGUCUCAGAGGCUGUCACCGAAAUGGUGCUUUCUUGACUCUACAACAGCAGAUCGAUUCUACAGGAUCGACCGAGCUCAAGAGCAUCUUAACUACGUGACUGAAAUAUCUCAGGACGAGUUGUUCAUUUUGGAUCCAGAGCUGGUUGUCACAGAGACGGUCAGCACAUCACCGGGCAUGCCCGACCUGGUGGAUUCCUCUGAAGAUUUCCCAUCCGUUCCACUCAAAUUCGCCUUCCCAUCAUCUUCCUCUUCUCCACCAAACUCACCUGCACCCAGGGUUGCGGAGCUCCAAAGGAAGCGUGUUUCUAGUGACAGUUCUGUUGCAGAAGCUCUUGCACACAGUGACUCACUCAGAUCUGCCAAACCAGCUCUCAGCAGGGUGGGGGGUGUUCAUCGCUCAAAUACAACAGCAGCAGAUUUCAAGCCAUCUGGCAGGUCUGAAAAGAGCGCCCUGAGCAAUACAAACUCUGUAUCGACAGACAGUCUAAUCGAAUGUGUGAGGAAAAAAGACCAACAAAAGUUGAAGGAGCUGCAUAGGAACGGGGCAGACCUGUGCAUGCAGGACCCUGUGGGCCGGACCCUACUGCACUAUGCUGUCGAGGUGGGCAGCAAGGAGAUUGUCAAAUACAUCAUUGAUAAUGCACCUGCGGAUAUCCUGGAUGUGACAGAGAGAGAAAAUGGAGAGACUGUGUUGCACAAAGCAGCCUCGCUGUGUCAUAGGACAAUCUGUCAUUACCUGGUGGAGGCGGGGGCAUCCCUCAUGAAGACAGACUUACAGGGUGAUACUCCAAAACAUCGUGCUGAGAAGGCGAAGGAUGCAGAACUCGCAGCGUAUUUGGAGAACUGUCAGCACUACCAAAUGAUCCAGCGUGAGGACCAGGAGACUGCAGUUUGACCUUUAACCUCACACCCUCCUCAGAUUCUUGUGCCAAAAUAACAGUAACCAAAAAAUGUAUUGCUACACCCCUAGCCGGUUCUCUGGACUGCAAUGAAGGGUGAUCCAUUCCUGGAGAGGGAAGUUAGAUGAACACUUAGCUGUCUCCUGAAGAGGUCCUAUAGCUUUUAUCAUCAUUCUCUGAACGACCUCCUGGACUUAAUCUCUUUUUUUUUCAUUGCACUGCCAAAACAUCUUAGUUUGUAUUUAUGUGACAGAAUACAUUUCCUCUAAUGUAAAUGCACUCAUGAAGUUAAUUGCUUUUAGUUUGACAAUGCUGAAUGUUGAAUAUGAAUAGGAAGAGGAUCUAGGAAAUGCGAGGGCUUGUAGAUUAAGGCUGUCUAUACUCUCUGUAUGUUUAGCUGGAACAGUCACCGUAACCAUGACUCCACACGAGAUUAAUAUUGCUCUUAUGUGGCUGUCCUCAGUCAGGGUAGCGAACAUGACUGUAAAUUGAAGUGUAUCCUAAAACAUUUCAACUAACCGUCCAAUUUUCUAAUAUUGUAAGAGUUUUGCCUUUAAAUGAUACGGUGUUUGUUUGGAAUGUAACUAGAUUUUCCCUGCACUAGAAUGUUCAGGGUUGAUCAAGGGAAAGGAAUGUUCAAUGGGCUCUUACUUACAGUAGAAAUAUUAAAAUAUUUUUCAGGUGUGUUAAAGGAUUUUGCAGUUUCUUAGAUUUCUGUGCUGUUUCUAAUAAGAACAUUCGGUACUGUAAAUGUAUGAGUAGCUUUCUGUUUAAGAGGCAUUUGCACUGUAGCUUUGAUUGCCUUCUUUACUCUCUCUUCUAGAUUUAUAAUUGAUGUACUAAAAUAUAGCUUCUUUCCUACAAUAUUUUUAAGUAAAUAGAUGUUUAUAUGAUUUGUAGCUAUAACAGAUGUGUUGUCAUUGUAUUAUAAAAUUGUAAAUUAGAUUUUUUUUGUUUAUUGGAGUUAAACAGAUUUGUCUCUUCUGUAUACUGUAAUUCAGUCUUUGUGAAAAACCAACACUCUCCUUGAGAGUAUGUUUGUUUGUUUUUUAAAUUCUGAUGUCUUAAUGCAAAUUUUAGGAUACUAUUUAUUUUUCAAAAUAGAUAUCUAUUGAAAUAAUUUGGCCUUGAAAUAUAUGUUUAAUAAUUAAAAUGACUUAAUUUAUAGCAUAUUUCAAUUAUUUGCAUUACAGAAAGCAACUCUUCUCUGUCCAGAGACGUUUGCUUAUUCGUUAUUGAUGUGACUCGUUGAUGAUAUAAUACUUUAAUUUAAAAAUAAAUGUCCUUAUAUGGGCGCGUUUCCACAUUAUAUACAUUAUAUAAGGUCAAACAUGUGUGAAAAUCCAUUUUCAUUUUAUAAUCUUACCUUGGCAAUAUAAUUUGAGUGUUCAAACAUCCAUCCAUCCAUUCAUCUAUCUAUCCAUCCAACCCCCACCAAGACAGUUACAUGACAGAAGCGCUGAUGAAUGAUAUGAAAAUGCCACAAAUGCUAAACUCACUGAACUCCUACAAUAAAAGAUCUGUGACGUGUCUUAAAGAUUGAUUUUUAAAUUCUGUACGGUGUAUUAGAUUAAGGAGAAUUUUGCACAUUUAUUGAGGGAAAUUUGGUUUGUUUGCUAUAGGUUUGUUUGUUUGGUACUGUAAAUGAAACUUGAAUCAUUUCCUGGUUAUCUUUUGAUCAUUUUCCUGCUGAGAAUUCUGUGUGAAGGCUAAAUCUGUUGUGUGUGUAGAGUAGCAAAACACAAUAUCAGGAAGGCUUUGAAGAUUGCCUUUUCUUAAUAGUGGCUGUGAGUGAUCUCUUGAAGAGUCGAGUCAUCUUUAUUUCUGUACACAGGAGUUUUGAUCAUUUAAUAUUGCUGUUUGAAAUACACUCUCAGUCUCACACGGUUAUUGGAGGUAUUAUAAUACAGUUUUGUGAGGCUUUUCAUGCUACAAAAUUAUCAUAAUCCUAAACCUAGAAUUUACAGGACAGGUUCUGUAUAUUUUGCCCAAAUAUUUGAAUUAAUUUCUAAACGCAGGUGCCUUUCUCUUAUUUUCAAUGUAAAAUGUUAUUGUCACAGAAAUCCUUGAUAUUACGAUAUUGGUUUUUUUUUAAAGCCUUUAAUGAUUUUGACAUUAAUUUGGAUUUCUUACAAAAUAAACAACUUUACAUGUAUUUAAUGAUACAGUUUUAUUUAUGCUGUAUGUUCACCACUGCGAUAAUUACACAGAUUUAAGCACUCAUUUUAGGUCGGUGUUUGCAUGAAUAGUUAGUUAAUAAUGAGUUAUGCUAACUGGCAUGAUUAUGUUUUACUGCAUGAAAUCACAGUGCAGCUAUUAGUAUCAUUGGUAUUUACUGUAUAUUUCCAGCUGAUAUUUAACUACUGCAGACUAGCAUUUGGCCUAACAUUUUAAUAACUCUAUAGAGAAGUGUGGUUCAAUUGUUAAUGACCCUGCACGGGUCUGCUGUUGUUAAGUGGUUUUAUUUUAUUUUUUAGACUUUAUUACCCUGAGGUUUUUUUAGCAAUACUUUGUCCAGCUAGUCUGUGGCAAGUUCAAGAGGUUGUAGGCGAUGCUGACUACAUUAAGUUGCACUAUAAAGUCUCCUUUACGUUGUGAAUGUUAUUUUUGUCUAACCAGCAGAUUAUGAUAAUGAUUGUGUACAGUGCUUUCUAUAAUUUAAAACGUUUUGUUCAUAUAUAUUUCAUAUACAUUUUCAUACAUAUUUGUCUCAAGUAAUUACUUAGGCUGGAUAUCUUAUUCAAAGCAAAAGGUUAGUAAGCAAUAGUUUUACUAUUAACUGCAUUUUCCUUUACCUCAUUUGUCUUCAUGUCAUGGAUUAUACUAUAAAAUUAUUUUCCAUUUUCAUCAACAUUGCUCCAUUUUGUACUACAACAUUAAGGGAUAAAACUUUUUGAGAAAUCUCCCUUUUCUUAGUUUUUUAUGAAAGUCUCCUUACUUUUAUUUUUAAAGGGCAAAGCAAUGUAAGAUGUAUUUUGAAUAUCUGAAUGUGUGUGUUGCUAUGUAUUUUCUCAUUUAAUUAAGCUCUUAAGCCUUUAGCUAUCAUUAAAAUGCAUGAAUACAGCAGGAAAAGGAGUAACUGCUUCUUUCGUGGUCUUAGACGGGAAAAUUAUCUGACAUUGACAAUAAUUUCUGUCUAGUGUGUGUCAGUUUUUUCUUUUAAAUUCAAGGCUAGAAUUAGAGUUUUUGAUAGAAUAAAACUAAAGGUUUAUUGAAAUAUAUGAAUAUAUUUGAUAUAUAAAAAUGUUUUGUAACUGUUAAGCCAUUAGAUUGGUUUGAGCAUACCCAUGUGUAAUGUAGUAAAUAUUCUCUCUGUUUACUUUAAAGCACUUAUUCUGUUAUUGUCUGAUUACCAUAAUAAAGCAUACUGAAUAUUUA